UUCCAAACGAGGGAUUUAUUAUGGUGUCAGAGUACGAAUAUCAAUUCAAUCUAACAUCCAGCGAUAAAAAAAUCGCGGAUCUGGAGAAACAAAACACUGAAUUAGUGAGAGAGUUGGAGGACAAAUCUAGAAAACUCUACGAUCUGACGAUUCUGCACUCAGAGGCUGAAAAACGAUGCCAGGAGUUUCAAAAUGGAAACUCAACCUUUGAGGCACAAAAACAGACUUUUCAAAAACUGAUGGCAGACCUUCAGCUCCAGAAUGAUUUUCUUAGAGGGAAAAAUCAAAAACUGACUGCAGAUUUGUUUCUACAAACGUCUGUUUAUCAAAAGGCCAUCAGAAACAAUUCGAGCUUGAAAAAGUCGCUCCAAGCCGAGACGUUAAAAUCUCAGCGAGCAGAAACUCUGUUAGCCCAAAGAGACACGGAAACAGAGAAGCUCAGAGCUUCAUUGGAGCAGUUACACAACGACAUGGGAGAAAAGCUAAAUCAAUGGAAGAGAGAAACACAAAAAGAGAUGUCUGACUCUUUACAACAACAGGCCAUCAAGUCUGAAAGAGCAAUAAACUCUGAAAGAGUUAAAUCUGAAGAGCUUAAAAUCCAAAUUAAACGUCUCAAAAGUGAAAAUGAGAAAAUAAUCACAGAACUGCAACAACAGACAACUAUUUCUCAUAACAUGACUGAAGACAUUAUGAGACUGGAGUUAUCUCUGACUGAUGAAAAAUUCAAAAGUCAACAGGCAGAGAGUUCUCUGGAGCAUUUAAAGAAAUAUAUUGAAGAACAGGAGAAAGAAUGGAACGCAGCGACCACAAAGGCUGUAAACACAAUUUCUCUCCUAGAAGAAUCUCUCAGCUCAGAAAAACUUCACACUAAUGAGCUGGAGAUUUUAUUGGGCAAGCAGCAGGAAGAAACACAAAACAUCCGAGCUGCACUGGAGAGUUUACAGAAAAUUAUGGGCGAACAGGAGGAGAAAUGGGAGAGAGAAAAGAUGAUUCACCUCCAUGAACGACGAGAAAUGUCUGACUGUUUGGAACAAGAAACCAUCAGGUUCCAACAAGAAUUUAAUCCUGAGAAAGCAGAACAGGAAAGAGUGAUGCUGUCUGAAACUAAAACUAACUCGAUGGAUGAAGUCCAAACGAAAGAUGAACGGCAUAAACAGUUUGAAGAAAACGUGUUGGAGAGAAAACCAACUCCAACACAACAGACUGAAAACAAGAAACCCAAAAAACCCACAUGGUUCAAGUGGUUUAAAAGAAAGAGCCGUGCUCCAGCUGACACCUCGCU